AUUUAAAUGUGACUAGCGGACUGACAGUCACACAGACCACAUAAAACUAAUAGCGACAUUUUACGUUUUAUGUGCCGCUAACUCAGAUCUAGUUUCUAGACGAAAGUUACGGUGUCAUUUUUAGCUACAUCAUUUGAUAUAUCGUGAAUAUUCUUAAAUCCUUGGACUGGGAAUAAUCUCACAUCCUCAAACGAUCAAACACUCGACAGAAUCAGUUUUAAAAUAGCGCGUUCUAGUGGCCCACAUUUGUAGGGCCUUUCAAAUGUAUAUAGUUGGAGAUUCAACUUACCAAAUUGUCCAGCAGGUGAACUAAAUAUCUGUCAGUGUCAAAGUAGGAGGUAUCCUUUGAAUACAAGACGGAUCUAAAGCACACAGGUUUUCUUUUGUAUUGUAUUUGGUCAGCUUGUCAAGUCAGAUUGGCAGGUUAAAGAAACAAAAAUGUUGGAGGAGUUUGACGAAUUUAAACCCAAGCCACCAGGCAAGAAGCGAAACAAAUGUGUUCAAAUCCUAAUCGAUAACCUGCUGAUCAUAUUGAUUGUGCUGGGUGUUGCUGUAGGUGUUGGCUUUGGACUUGGUCUGAGACACGUUUGGUCGUAUGAUGACUAUCAGAAAAUAUUUUACUGGGAGUUCCCAGGUCGGAUACUGCUGAACAUGCUAAAGCUUUUAAUUCUGCCUCUAAUAGUGUCCAGUUUGAUAACAGGAAUGGCGGACUUGGGAUCUCAUGCUUCAGGUAGACUUGGCGCCGCUGCAAUCAUUUAUUACCUGACCUCAAUGUUGACAGCUGUCAUCAUAGGCAUAGCCAUGGCACUCAUCAUCCACCCUGGACGUGCCACAGACAGCAACUCACUCAAACGCACAGGCUCGUCACUGCAGGCUGACCCUUUGGACUCCUUAUUGGAUCUCAUCUCGCAAUGUUUCCCAGAGAACCUCGUGACAGCCUGUUACCAAAGAGUAAUCACCAAAUAUAAGAUUGUUAAAUCUGAUCCUCGUGUCAACCUGACAAUGUCAAACUUAACCAACGUGACAUCUACUUAUACUGUAGAUUUACGAAAACCUUACUUGGUGGCUGAAGAUGGAACCAACGUGCUAGGCCUGAUCGUAUUUUCUAUAGCCAUGGGCAUAGUCAUCAACAACUUGGGAGAAGAAGGUCUGCCCCUAAAGAAUUUCUUCCGAUCACUCAACGCAGUCACCAUGCGCCUGGUUCAUAUCGUCAUAUGGUACACUCCAAUAGGAAUCAUUUUCUUGGUGGCCUCAAAGUUUAUCCAGACCGAUGACAUUGGUCAAGUACUCAGCAGUAUGGGAUUGUACAUGGCCACAGUCCUUGGAGGGCUGGCUAUCCAUGGCUUCAUUACGUUACCCAUCAUGUAUCUAGUGACCACCAGAAAAAAUCCCGUGACAUUUGCUCUAAAACUGACCAAAGCAUUUGCCACAGCCUGGGGAACAGCCUCAAGUAGUGCCACAAUGCCCCUCACCAUGGACUGCCUGGUCAAUAAAAACAAGAUAAACCUAAACAUUGUCCGCUUUGUUAUCCCAGUUGGCACCACGGUCAACAUGGAUGGCACCGCACUCUACGAGGCGGUAGCCUGCCUGUUUAUAGCACAAGUCAACGGCCUGGAUCUGAGUGCCUCAGACGUCAUAAUUGUCAGCUUGACUGCAACAGCUGCAGCGAUUGGGGCGGCAGGCGUCCCUCAAGCAGGUCUGGUCACCAUGGUGAUCGUGUUGACUGCUGUGGGUCUACCAGCUGAUGAUAUCACACUCAUUCUGUCCAUAGACUGGCUACUGGACCGCUUCCGUACUGUUAUAAAUGUGUGGGGUGAUUGUGUGGGCGCCGGAAUACUCGACCAUCUGUUUAGGAAAACAUUUGCCAAGCUAGACAAAGCUAAUGAAGGAGGCCGAGAUACCGAGCAAAUAAAGGAGAUCCUGGACACGUCCAGCACCACAAAGGACGACCUCAGUGAUGAAAGCCCGCCCAGUUACAGCGGCAUUGGUAACUACAACGAGGGAUUCGUCAGCGAGAAAGAUCAAGGGACUCGUCUUUAGAAGUACGCCAACUUGUCCAGGAGGCUACGUUUACACGGAGUGAUGGGGGCUAGAGGUUUGAAUGCUUCCCAGAGAGCCUCUUUACCUCAAUGGCACACGUAGAUAGACUAGACUAGUGUAGUAGUGGUGUCAGCCUAUGUCUUCUGUCAAUCGAUUAUAUUAUCGAAUAUAUUUAGGACAAUUCUUGAUAUGUUGUAACAACAAAAAACAUUCCAAUCAAUGUUCAAUGUGGAUCAUAACAUAGUGAAAAUGUAGAAUACUUGGAUAUUAUAUAAAUUCCAAUGUACACUUUUGAGUUCAAACAUACAAAUGUUCAACCUUU